AUGGCUUCAUCAAGAAGUGAAGAAAGAAGAGCACAGGUAAUGAUAGGAGAUCUACCUAAUGAUUUCCUACGAGUGUCCAAUACACCAGAAGGUCAGAAUCAACAAGUUAUGGAAGAUGCUAGAAUAGCACAAGUUUUACAAGCUCAGCAAGCAGCAGGGUUUGCUAUGGUACCAAGUAAUGUUGCUGGGCGUCUGAGCAUAUCAGUAGUACAGGCUAAGUUAACAAAGAAUUAUGGACUUACCAAGAUGGAUCCUUACUGUCGAGUUAGAGUUGGACAUACUGUUUUUGAAACACCAACAGCUUAUAAUGGAGCUAAAAAUCCAAACUGGAACAAAACAAUACAAACAUAUUUACCUAAUGGUGUAGAUUCCUUAUAUAUUGAAAUUUUUGAUGAGAGGUCAUUUACAGUAGAUGAUAGAAUAGCAUGGGCCCAUAUUACUAUACCAGAGGUUGUAAAAGCAGGAGAAACUGUAGAUAAUUGGUUUUUACUUAGUGGACGACAAGGUGAUGAAAAAGAAGGUACAAUCAAUUUGAUAUUUUCAUUGACGCCUGUAUCAGAGUUACAACAAACAGCACCAGCGGUUGGUGUACCAGUAGCCUAUAAUACACCUGUAAUGAUGCCUAUGUAUUAUCCUCCAGUACAGCCAGGUGUACCAGUGCAAUAUCCAGCAGUUCAACCAGCCCAACAACGUCCUAUGUAUACUGAUGAUGACUUAAAAGAAUUUAAAGAUAUGUUUCCUAACAUGGAUUUAGAUGUCAUAAAAUCGGUACUCGAGGCUAACAGAGGCAAUAAAGAGAGUACAAUAAAUGCAUUGUUAACUAUGACAGCAGAGUAA